AUGGGCUCUCGUAUCGCAGCAUGGCAAGCAUUUCUGGGCUGUCUGGCUUUCUUGCUGAUGACCUUCAUUCCGGACUGCGAGGCGCACAAUGAAGCACUGCAGCAGAGCAACGAGUACAACUAUGGUGUCCUGGGUCCUUAUGUCACCAACUCGUUUGUCUCGACCGAUGUCACAGCACCUAAGCUGAAUUUUAUGAAACCUUUCACGGCGUGCGACGAUGGUUCAUACAUUUUUCUGGCACCCAGAGGCGAAACGGCCAAUUCCUCGGUUUGCAUUCUGGACGCCACUGGUAGCUUGAUCUGGACGACGCAUCAGUAUCAUGGCCAGGCGUACAAUCUGCAAGCACAGACAUACAAAGGCGAGCAGUACUUGACAUUCUGGGCGGGCGAUAACUCUGUUGGGGGGCAUGGUGUUGGACAGUAUUACAUGCUUGAUAAGCAUUACCACAUUUAUCGCUCGAUCAUCGCAGCGAACGAUCUACCAACAGAUCUACACGCCUUCACCAUUACAGCGGAUGACACGGCCCUGCUCUCCGUGUACAAAGUCACCCAGGUGGACCUUUCCACAGUACCGGCGUACAUAGAGCCCAGCAACCAUCCAGCGCCUGCCCAACCUGCCCGGGUGCCUCCACCACUUGGUCCACCGGAUGGAUGGAUAUGGGAGUCCAUGUUCCAAGAGAUAGACAUCGAGACCGGCGAGCUGCUAUUCGAAUGGCGAGCGAGUGAGCACUUCGAGUACACAGCCAGCUAUGAUCCCAUGAAGAGCGCGACGGAGGAGGAGAGCUGGGAUUGGUUCCACAUCAACAGCGUGGAGAAAGAUAACAGAGGCAACUACCUCAUCUCUGCCCGUCAUCUGCGAACAAUUGCAUAUAUCGACGGCAAGACCGGUGACGUGCUUUGGCAGCUGGGAGGAAGGAGUAACAGCUUCGCCGAUCUGUCCUUUGGCAUGGCGACAAAGUUCAUCGGCCAGCACGAUGCACACUGGGUGCCCAACAGCAACUACACUUCCCUAUCUUUCUUCGACAACCGAGCCGACUGGUCUUACCAUACCGAGAAGCGAUCAUACGGUAUUCGCAUAGAUCUGGACCUCGAUGCCAUGACUGCCAAAGUUGGACAGCGAUUCUUACACGAUCCAAACGUGUAUAGUGUUUCGCAAGGCUCAUACCAAACACUUCCGAACGGCAAUGUUCUAAUAGGAUAUGGCAACAAUGGAGUCGUGACCGAGUACUCGCCGGAUGGAACUGUGCUCUGCGAUGCGUACUUUGAGCCAUCUAAGAGAUGGACUAGUGGCGAUGUGCAGAGCUAUCGGAAUCUCAAGUUCAACUGGACUGGUAUGCCAACCACGCAGCCGAAAGUGGCGAUCCAGGAUGGCAUAUUCUACAUCUCGUGGCUUGGUUCGACAGAGACCACGGAAUGGCUGAUCCAGCACUCGUCACUCGAUAACGAGACUUUCCACGAACUGGUCCAAGUACGCCGAGAUGGUUUCGAGACAGCAGUAGACUUGACAGCCGGCAUGCUCGUGCGACAGUACGUACAAGCGACAGCACUCGAUGCGAGAGGCCGACCACUAGCGAUCUCCGACGCCAUCGAUAUUGGUUACGUAGCAACAGUCCCAUCGGACGAACCCUUGGACAUGACCCUUCCCGACAGUCCUUACGACGACCUAGAAGACGACGAAGAGGCCGACGGAACAGAAGAAAUGGACGAUACGUUUGAAGACCUGCAAGUCCUCCUCAUGUGGAUGGUGUUGGCACUCGGCAGCUCCUUACUAGCGUUAUGGGCGUGUCGUGGUUUGAGAAAGCGGCGGACAGUGGUGAUCGACAAUGAAUAUGUGAGUAAGCGGGACGAUGACUUGCCGUAUCGUGAGCAGCUACGACAAGUUUGGUCGGAUCCCUGGGCAUUAUGGGCCCGGAUGAUGGGGAGGAGGAGUACGCCGUAUCGGCGGCUAGUGCAUGAUGCGAGGAGUGAAGGCGGGCGGAGUAGUGAGGGCGACUAUGCCUUGCGAUGA